CCUUAUUUCCAGAGCAGCCUGGUAGUGACAACUGCAGAUUCCCUGUGUGUGUGUGUGUGUGUGUGUGUGUGUGUGUGACUGAGCGACUGUGUGUGUGGGAGGAGGAGUGAGCGUCGGUUCGGUGGCGGUGUGGAGAGAUGGAAGCGGAGAAGGCGGAUGCAGAUAAGACUCGCUCUCGCUGUCCCCAAGACUAAGGACGCAGAUAAAACGUGUCCUCCCGGAUAUUUUUCUGUUUUUUUUAUUUUCCUGCCAUGGUACUAUGAUCUCCGUCGUGCUCGCGGGCACCACCCCUCCAAACACACCCGUCUAUCUCUGAGCUGUCAAUCACAUCACGCCGGGAUUUCUACAUGUGAGUGCAUGGCGCGCCGGGCAGGGCGGAUCUGCUCACGGGGUGAAAAAACGCCGGUUAAUAUGGAUGAAAGGUCAACCAUCAUCUCAGCAUUUCAGUCACUCUGAUUAGCGACACUGUCCUAUAGCGUUGCCGAGACCACAGAGCAGGGGAAGAUGAUGUGCGAGGUGAUGCCGACCAUCAGCGAGGGAGACUCGGCCGGUCCUCCCAGAGGUACCGGCGGCGUCCCGAACGGCUCGGACCAGGAGGCCAACUUCGAGCAGCUGAUGGUCAACAUGCUGGACGAGAGGGACAAGCUGCUGGAGUCCCUCAGGGAGACUCAGGAGACCCUCAUUCAGUCUCAGACUAAACUGCAGGGGGCGCUGCACGAGAGGGACGUGCUCCAGCGGCAGAUCAACGCCGCGCUGCCUCAGGAGUUUGCCACCCUGACGAAGGAGCUGAACAUAUGCCGGGAGCAGCUGCUGGAGAAAGAGGAGGAAAUAUCUGAGCUGAAAGCUGAAAGGAACAACACCAGGCUGCUGUUGGAGCACCUGGAGUGUCUGGUGUCUCGUCACGAACGCAGUCUGAGGAUGACAGUGGUGAAGAGACAGGCACCCCCACCAUCUGGAGUCUCCAGCGAGGUGGAGGUCCUCAAAGCCCUGAAGUCGCUGUUUGAACACCACAAGGCUCUGGAUGAAAAGGUACGUGAGAGGCUUCGGGUGGCUCUGGAGAGGGUGGCCACCCUGGAGGGACAGCUAGCAACUACCACGCAAGAGUUGAACAUGGUGAGACAAAGGAAGGAUGGUGACUCAGUGGAGCGAACAGAUGGAUCCAAACCUACAUGGAAGAGACUACCCAAUGGCUCCAUAGACGCUCAUGACGAUGGCAGUCGGGUGUCUGAGCUUCAGGAGCUGCUUGAUAGGACCAAUAAGGAGCUGGCCCAGAGCCGCGAACACUCUGCCACUCUCAACGCCCGUUUGGCCGAGCUCGAGGCCGAGCUCACGAAUGCGCGCAGAGAACUGAGCCGCAGUGAGGAGCUGUCAAUCAAACAACAGAGGGAACAGAGAGAGAGAGAGGAUAUGGAGGAGAGGAUAACAACGUUAGAGAAACGCUACCUGGCUGCUCAGCGGGAGACCACACACAUCCACGACCUUAAUGACAAAUUGGAGAAUGAACUGGCCACCAAGGACUCACUGCACCGACAGAGCGAGGAGAAGGUGCGCCAGCUGCAGGAGAUGCUGGAGAUGGCAGAGCAGAGGCUGGCUCAGACCAUGAGGAAGGCUGAGACAUUGCCAGAGGUGGAAGCUGAACUGGCACAGAGAGUGGCAGCACUUUCCAAGGCUGAGGAGCGUCAUGGCAACGUGGAAGAGCGCCUCAGACAGCUGGAGUCACAACUGGAGGAGAAGAACCAAGAGCUAGGAAGGGCUCGUCAGAGAGAGAAAAUGAAUGAAGAGCACAACAAACGCUUGUCUGACACCGUGGAUCGUCUGCUCACUGAGUCCAAUGAAAGACUGCAACUCCAUUUGAAAGAACGCAUGGCUGCCCUGGAGGACAAGAACUCCCUUAUUCAGGACCUCGAGAAUUGCCAGAAACAGCUUGAAGAAUUCCACCACACGAGGGAACGGCUGAUUGGAGAGAUUGAGAAGUUGAGAAAUGAGAUCGACCAUUUGAAGCGCCGCAGUGGGGCGUUUGGAGAUGGAACUCACCCUCGGUCUCACCUGGGUAGCUCCAGCGACCUUCGCUUCUCUGUGGUGGAGGGCCAAGAUGGCCACUAUAGCACAACUGUGAUCAGGCGGGCACAGAAGGGCAGACUGUCAGCGCUACGGGACGACCCAAACAAGGUGUGUGCGGUGUUUGAACAGGACUACCCAUCUCUGCGUGGGAGUGUCAGCCAUCUCCUUGGCAGCGACAUCGAGGGAGAGUCAGACCUGGAUGAUGACGUUAGCUCGGCCCUGCUUUCCCCCAGCGGCCAAUCAGACGCUCAGACUCUCGCUCUCAUGCUGCAGGAGCAGCUUGACGCUAUCAACGAAGAGAUAAGGAUGAUCCAGGUGGAAAGAGAGUCAGCAGACCUGCGCUCUGACGAGAUCGAGUCCCGUGUGAACAGCGGCAGCAUGGACGGACUCAACGUCACACUUCGACCCCGGGCCCUGCCCACCUCCGCCACUGCCCAGUCCCUGGCAUCAUCAUCCUCCCCGCCCACCAGUGGCCACUCCACACCUAAACACCACUCGCGCAACACCAGCCACCAUCUAGGCAUCAUGACUCUGCCAAGUGACUUGAGGAAACACCGCAGGAAAGUAGCAUCUCCAGUGGAAGUGGACAAAGCUACUAUCAAGUGUGAGACAUCGCCUCCCUCGUCCCCCCGUAGUUUACGGCUGGAAACCAAUUUUGCCCAGUUCACAGGCAGUCUAGAGGAUGGCAGAGGCAAGCAGAAGAAAGGUAUCAAGUCAUCUAUUGGUCGAUUGUUUGGGAAGAAGGAGAAGGGGGGUCGAAUGGAGCAGACUGUAGGCAGGGAUGGACAGCUUCUACCAGCCUUAUCCGACUUCGAGAUGGGCAUCGGUGACACUAUGACUCUGGGAAAACUGGGCACACAGGCUGAGAGGGACCGCAGGAUGAAGAAAAAACACGAGCUUCUGGAAGAUGCCAGAAAAAGAGGCCUGGCUUUUGCCCAGUGGGACGGCCCUACUGUUGUCUCCUGGCUAGAGCUGUGGGUGGGUAUGCCGGCGUGGUAUGUGGCAGCCUGUCGUGCCAACGUGAAGAGCGGAGCCAUCAUGUCAGCUCUGUCAGACACAGAGAUCCAGCGGGAGAUUGGCAUCAGCAAUCCUCUGCACCGACUUAAACUCCGCUUGGCCAUCCAGGAGAUGGUGUCCCUCACCAGCCCGUCUGCACCACUUACCUCCAGAACGUCCUCCGGAAAUGUGUGGGUGACUCAUGAAGAGAUGGAGAACCUGGCUUCCUCCACUAAAGCGGACAAUGAGGAGGGCAGCUGGGCACAGACUCUGGCAUAUGGUGACAUGAAUCAUGAGUGGAUAGGGAACGAAUGGCUGCCCAGCCUCGGCCUGCCUCAGUACCGCUCCUACUUCAUGGAGUGUCUGGUGGAUGCGCGCAUGCUGGACCACCUGACCAAGAAGGAUCUGAGGAGCCACCUCAAGAUGGUGGACAGCUUCCAUAGGGCUAGUCUGCAGUAUGGGAUUAUGUGCUUGAAGAGACUCAAUUAUGACAGGAAAGACCUGGAGCGCCGGAGAGAGGACAGCCAACACGACAUGAAAGAUGUGUUGGUGUGGACCAACGAGCAGGUAAUCCACUGGGUCCUGUCCGUUGGGUUGAGGGAGUAUAGCGGCAACCUGUUGGAGAGCGGUGUCCACGGAGCGCUCAUUGCCCUGGACGAGACGUUUGACUACAGCAGCCUAGCACUCAUACUGCAGAUCCCUAUGCAGAACACACAGGCACGGCAGGUUCUAGAGAGGGAGUUCAACAACCUGUUAGCCUUGGGGACUGACCGCCGACUAGAGGAGAGUGGGGAUGACAAGUCUUUUCGACGCUCUCCAUCGUGGCGCAAGAGGUUUCGGGCACGUGAGGGAGGGGCAGGGCUGGGCAUGAUGGCAGGCUCCAUGGAAACACUGCCUGCCGGCUUCCGCAUGCCCUCGAUGUCCAUGCCACCCUCUGUGAAUUUGAUGCCCAAGAAACAGCUCCAGCCUGAAGCUCCUCCCCCGGCGCCCCCGAGACUCGACCCCUCGGCCGUGCGGACCUAUUCAUGCUAACUUCUCUCUGCUUACUAACAGGAGCGCUAAUGCUAACAGUGCAUUCUCAUUACCUAUACGGACACAUGCUUGCGGCCUUUUGAGAGUGAUAUGCCAAAUCUGGAGAGGGAGUCUUGGGUGCCACUGAUAGGGGGUCUUCACCCCUUUGUUGCCCAGCCUCACCUCCCACCUUUCACCUCUCACCUCUCCUUCGGACACGUGCAAUACAGAGGCCAACUCUGACCUUUGAACUCUGAGAGUGCUCAUUGGCUGCGCUCGCUGCUGUAAAGGAGACUCAUCCCUGUCUCUCCCAGUUCACCCCAGUGCUCCCAGUAGCCUUGUUGUUGUGGUGUUGUGCUCCUGCUCCCCUGGUCUCAGCUGUGGGUUCUUGUCCUGGUUCUAAUCUCUCAACAUGGCUAAGUCCAAACCAAUCUUCCUGUGUCAUCCUGUCCUAGGCAACACGAAAGUGUGUUAGUGUAAAAAAGAUUUAAAGGGAUGUUGACAAGUCAUUGAUUUGGACUUGGGAAUGAUGAAUACUUGUAUAAAUGGCAGAUCCCACUGCACAUUGCCCCUCUACCGGUUAUGCAAGGUAUUACUCAUUUAUCGUCUCUGUACAUAAAAUGGAUGACUUAUGUUUUUUAUAGAAAUAUUAUAUAUAUAUAUAUAUAUAUAUAUAUUGGAAAUAUAUAUGGAAAAUAAUAUAUUGCUGUAUGAAACCCAAUGCCCUGUAUUCGAUAGUGACUGUUCUCUCUCUCUAUCUCUUUCUUUCUCUUUCUCUCUGUGUCGGACCUUUGUGUGUCUUUUGCUGUAUGCUGUAAGUGUGUGAAUCAUUAGUGGGAGGGUCUCACUAAGGAGGGGAUGUGUUUCUACAAGGACUCUUCACAGGUUCAUGGGUCCAAUUUCAGACUUCUCUCUUUGCCUCUUCUCCUCUUCUUUCCUUUUUCUUCCUCCUCUUUUGACACUAUGUAGCUGUUACCUCUCCUCUCUUUGCCUCUCUCGCCUUCAGUAUGACACUAUGUAGCCUAGAAUAGAGAGAAUCCUUUAAUAUAAAGAGUGUGUGUCUGUGUGUGUGUGCAUGUGUGUGUGUAUGAGUGAGCAAAUGAGUCUCUCUGCUCAAGACUUGUUGAGAGGUUGUGUGUGAAAGGCCGACCCCAGCCAUGUGACCAUGACGUUUCUCUGUGGAUGGAUAGUGUGAUCACUGUAGCUCCUCUCUGUUGAUUCCUUACUUUCUCUCAAAUCAAACUGUAAACUGCUGCUCAACAUCAGCCAAUGAUAUAGACAUAAAACUGCUCAAAGUGACGGACUCGUCUAAUCCUGUUCUGUCGCCUCCCAUUUAGUUGCCAUGGAGACGUGCCACUGAGCAGUCAGUACUCUUGGCUAGACAACUCCUCAUCCAGUGAGAACACAGCAUAUGAACCUGUGAAGUACUGGAUGGGUGUACAAUAUUAUUUUUUUUUUUAUUAUUAUUAUUUUACAGUUUUUCCAAGGUGUCUAAAAGGUGUAAUGUGCUAUGUGGCAGCUAUGAGUACUGUGUCUUUAUUCCAGGUGUGAAACAAUGCUGACAAAUCAAGAUUUUAUUAUUUGGCUAUUUAAAAAAGUGAACUGUAUUUAUGACACUAUAUAGACAUAAGUAAAGCUGUUUUUUAAAGA